GGAUCCUGUUCCUCUUCUUCCGGUUUCUGCACUGUGCAACUAUUUCAGUUAUAUUUUUAAUUAACGAUGCCAAAUACUUGUUGUGUACCUGGAUGUCAUUUAAGAGGAGGACAUGCAUUUCCAAAUGACUUAAAAAGAAGGAAAAGUUGGAUCAACGCCAUGGCCCAUACGCAGAUUGGACGAGAACACGAUGAUAUCGUGGAGUCCAUCUCAAUCAGCUGUUGUUUGCAAGGCACGUUUUACUGAAAAAGACUACGUGCAGGAAACUAUUCAUGGGCGCAAACCCACCAUACAGAGACUUAAGUCUACUGCAAUUCCCAGCCUAUUUUCCUGGACCAAGCAAGAGACUGAAUCGUCCGCAAAAAGAAAAAUCAGGGCAGUUUCCUGUGAAAACAAAAGAACUAAACUUGAUGAAUAUUGUAGUAGAAAUCUAGAGGAAAGUUUUGAUUGUAAAGUUGGUUUUCCUGAAGAAGUCAUUCAUACUGCAGAAAGGAUUUAUGACUGUCCACCACCAACUGCCGAGCUAAUGUUGAGCUUCACAGAUGGAAUUACGCAAACACCAUCAAUGCCUAUGUUUUCAGCAGAGAAUUUUGAAAUGAAGACACGUGACACAGCCAUGCAUUUUUGUACCGGUUUAGAGUUGUAUACUAAAUUUUUAUUUGUUUUGACCACACUUGGUCCAGCAGCACAUUGUUUGAGAUACAUAUAUUUUCAAAUUGAUAGGGUGUCAGUUGAAAAUCAGUUUUUUUAUGACUUUGAUGAAAUUGAGGCAUCAUACAACCAACUUUGAACUGUCUAGAUUCUAGAUUGAAUCUAGUGUUAAGAAUAUUGUGUAUACAUGGAUUGUUUUUAUGUCUAAACAGUGGUGUGAGGCUAACACUUGGCCAUCUAGUGGUUUAGUCAGGUAUUUUUCACCAUCCAACUUCAAAUUAAAGUUUCCUACGACUUGGAUUAUUAUUGACAGCACAGAAUAUCCCGUGAUAAAACCUAAAGCUCCUAGAGCUCAGGCAACCUUUUCAUCAAAUAAAAACA